GCGAGCCCGGGGAUGAUAAAUGGGCGUGAGGAGUAGUCACUGGGGAGGGAGUUAAGCGGCUGAGAGUUCGAGUCCAGCCGCCAUUCGGAGUGGGAGGAACAGAGCAGUGAGUCGUAUUGAGAGCAGUCCAGGAGUGAGUGGCGAAGGGUUAGUGUCGGCUCAGCCAUGCAAUCUGGUAUCAAAAUCCAUGAUUCAGUCAUUGAAGCCUUCAAUGAAAUGAAGCUCCUGUCGCCAAAGUCAACUAAGAGAAGGAGAAAGUUUCUUCGCCUAUGCAUGAGUGAUGAUAAUCAAUAUAUUAUUGUGGAUGAUAAAUCUGACAGUGUGCAGGAAACAAAUGAAGAUGACUAUCUGAACCUCUUAAACCACCUCCAGCCCAAUGUUGCUUGUGUUUUAAUUUAUGAUGUCUCUUAUGAAACGAAGAAUUCCCUCACCAAGGAAGAUCUGGUGUUCAUACAGUGGUGUCCAGAAAAGGCACCACUGAAACAGAAGAUGCAGUUUACAACAACAGUUAAUUCACUGAAGAACAAACUCAAAGGUAUCAAGGCCAACUUUCAGCUCAAUUGCUUGGAUGAUAUAAGCCGCAGUGAGCUUGCUGAAAAGCUGGGGGAUGAUGUCGUGAAAGUAGAAGGAGUAGCGGUGUGAUGCUGUCGAGUGCCACCUAUCUGAAAAUGUCCUUGUUAUAGUUGGACACUUUGUCCUGAUUAUGAACUUUAAUGUAGUUAAUGUAUUCUAAGGCUGCUUCAAUCUGUUUCCAGCUCUGUUCUCUUCCAGAUGGUUCCCCCUGAAAGACCAAUUGCUAAUAUUGAGUAAAAAUGAAAUUUCCUCCCUGGAAAGUGAUCGUCCAUUAUGUAUGUACCUUUUUUCAACUAGAAUUUGUUUCUUUUAACAUGCAACAUUGCAUGGUAUUGGUGACUUCCUGUUUUUGGGAUGUACCUGCCAACUUAGUGGCUUAAUGCCUUGUUUGAGACUCUUGAGCCAUUGCAAAUUUAAGAACUGUUGAAACUUGAGCUUUUUUUUUUUGCUGAAUGAGAACAGCUGAGCUGUAUUAGAGUUCACUUGCAGUGCUUGUACAAGUGAGGGCUCAUUUUUACUAUUGACACUCUGUCCUCUGACUGUGUACAAUCAUAGUUCCACCUUUUAUUAAAGGACACCUAAUAGCUUUUAA